GCAUAUACCUUAUCUAGAUACUCCUGCUCUGUCCAUUUCGAUGUCUACGGAAGAUCAUGUACCGACACUACCGAAAAUAGAUCUGCCUACAAACUCGUCUACAGAUCACAAGGUUUCAAAGCACGAUGCCGACCAAAUUCAUAGCCCCGUCGAGGCUGGGCCAUCUUUAGACAAAUAUAACGCGUCUUCAAACAAACGAAGGAAGAGAUCGUUCCACGAAUAUUUCAGAGAAGAGUCCAGAAGGCCUGACUUAAUAGAACAAACCGAAUGCUAUCAAAUCAGAUCUUCGAGCUGCCAUUUGUCAUUUCAAAUGGAUCACGAGGAUCUUGAAUCCGUUCCUGUGAAUGACGAAUCCAGAAUGCUGGUGGGAGAUUAUCUACCCGUAGACGUCGUGAAGGAGCUGUGGAAGCAAAAGGGUCGCAUGGACGAUCUUUUUGACGCUGGAAAAGGAUAUCUGUAUUAUAAAGUGCGCGAUAGUCAAUUCCCCCAGGAUCGGAGAGGAUCUUCUAAAUUCGCCAAUCGCGCAGGAGACAAGCUGUGGCAAGUGCAUGAAUCUGUACCGAUCUUUUCCUCUUUGCCCUCAUCUUGGAGCUUUUUUGACAUUUGCGGUGGUCCCGGUGCCUUCUCCAAGCUAUUGCUCGACAAAAAGCUCAACCUCAAGAAGGGCUUCGGUAUGACGCUGCGCGUGCCUAUGACCGAAAAGCAGGACUAUUGGUAUCCCAUGUUGGAAAACAACCCCCGCUUUGAAAUCGUCUGGGGAAAAGACAACCAAGGAGACAUAUACGUCCCCGAAAAUUUGUGCUCUGCCGUAGAUGCAACUAAAGGGGAACACGUGGGGAUUGUGGUGAGCGAUGGAGGCUUCAAAAUUCAAAAAGUUGACGGGGAACACAAAGAAAAUUUACAGGAGUUAUUUAGUGGAAGAAUUAUUCUUAGUGAAUUUGCACUUAUGACGAUGAUAUUGGCCGAAAAGGGGCACUUUGCUGUCAAAUUGUUUGAUACAUUCAGCCACAUGACAGCGUCGCUUAUUUUUAUUGCCACUCAAAUGUUUGAAGAAGUUUAUAUUGUCAAGCCCCUUCGAUCUCGCAUCGUAAAUUCAGAAAGAUACCUCGUAGGAAAAGGAUUCAAAAAGCAAAUUAACACGGAAUUCUGCCAAAAACUUUUGACCACGCUCCAUUCAAGGUUGUACGAACUUCACAGCAAAAAUCCUGACGUGUUGGUCAGUCCGAACUCCGCCGUUCCAAUCGACUGGAUGAACAGGGAUUCCGUAUUCAUGAAUAGUAUGAAGGACAUGUGCUCGAAGCUAGCGGAGAAGCAAAUCAAAGCCUUGAAGUUGGUCAUGGAUAUCGUCGAAGAGGAGAAUAUUUUGCACAAAAAAAUACGUACGCCCUAGGCCGAAAAAAAGUUGUACCGAAAAAGCAUUAAAUAUUCCUGCAUAAAUGUUUUGUUUCGCGCGGUUGCAUUUUACAUUGUGGCUGCCGCCGAUAUCUGUUCAA